AUGGCGCCUCCUGCAUUGUUUGAGAGUACCUUGCAGCAGCAGCAGCAGGAAGACGACGAGCAGCAGCAGCAGCAGGUAGAAGAAGGUUUCCCUCUAGCGAGUGGAGCGUCCCUCCGCCGGAGGCAGCGGGGUCCACUUGCCCCUACAACAACAACAACAGCAGCAGCAGCAGCAGCAGCAGGAGCCCAAGUGCCAACCCCGACCGCUGUGGGGAAGAGCAGCAGCAACAGCAGCAACAGCAGCAGCAGCAGCAGCAGGAGCAGCAGCAACACAAAGGGCAAUGACUUCACAGCCCCCCAGCCUGCCCUGUGGCAGUCCAUGCAGUCGAAGCAGCAGGAUGGUCAUGUGUUGCUGCCUUACUUGACCGUUCCAGCAGCAGAUGCAGCUCAGCACAGCCGAGCUUUUGGCUUGCCGCUUCCCUCCCUUUCUGUUUCUGCAGCAGGAGCAGCAGCAGCAGCAGCAGCAGCAGCAGCAGCCACCCUUCGCAUCUCCUUGAAGGAGAUCUUUGGCAGUGUCUCUCCACUCCCGCAAGGCUCUGCUGCCUUCGGCGGCUCUGCAACGCUUGAGUUGCAGCGGAUUUUACGCGUGCUGUCGUCUGCGGCUGCUCCGAGGCGUUUUCUCGCAUGCCUGCUGCCCCACUCCUUUGUGGCAGCCGUGCAGUCUCUUCUGCAGCUCGCGACGGGGAGAAGAAGAUCUCGCCUGCAACUCCAGCGCUGCGGAGGAAGCUUGUCGCUUGCAGUAGCAGUCCCCAACGGGCUGUUGCUGCAGCAGCAGCAGCAGCACGCAGAGCUCCUUCCCCACUGUGUGUGCAUUGCGGAUGGCUGCAGCAGCGAGGGAAGAAGCCGCCUCAUCGACAGCGGAGGCUGCCUCUGUCUGACAGCGGCCCCCCUGCCCGCUGCUGCUGCAGCGACUUGCGUGUACAGGCAGCAGCUGUCUGUGCAUGCAAGUCAGCAGCAGCAGCAGCCUCCAAAUUGGCAGCCACGCCGUUACGAGCAACUUUUGCUCGGCAGCACGGCGCACGAUCGUCUGGUGCUGAGUUGCGGUCAGUCAGACUCCCUCGCAGACGCCUUGCUGAAUCCGCAGCAGCGAAUUCCUCCCAGCGCCAGCAGCAAUGGCAGACCGUGCCGCAGUGUCUGUUGUGCGCUGUUUCUUGGAGGGGGGGAAACUGCGGCGUCUACGAAGUCGCCAGGGGCGGCCGUCCAUCUGCUGCUCGCGUAUUCCGACGGCUCCUUGCAGCUGCUGCGGCAGCGCAGAGCUGCGUUCGCUGCUGCUGCAGCCGCCUCCCUCUGGAGCGGCAGCGGCAGAAGCUUUCGUUCCCGCGCGGCUCUUCCGCAAGCCUCCGAGACGCCCCCCGUCUCUUCGUAG